AUGCAUCCAAUCGAGCCAUAUUUUAAUUUAACAUGCACUAAUAAUGAAAAUCUUCCGAUUAAUAAACUAACGUCAACUUUGUCAAGUCAAUUUAGUUGUUCAAUUCAUAAUUGCUUGUGUAAACGAUUAAAACUUGGUUUAGUAUUGUAUCCAAAAGAUAUUCAAAUUAAAAACGUCAUUCUACUUGUUUGCGAUCAAUGUUGUAAUUAUGAAUUGGAGAAUGCUAUACAACAUGAUCAACUAGAAAAAUGGUAUUUUAAUAUUUACAAAGAUUCCAAAUCUUUUCAAUUUAAAGCAAGAUUUUUCCAGAAUGAAGAUGGUUCAUUGUAUUUUUGUAAUCCAACAUUAAAUACAAAUGAUUUAUUCAAUAUAGAAGAACGAGAAUUAGAAAACUGGGAAAAAGAAACAAUUCAACAAACUAUUCGGAAAAAAAUGAAAUAG